GGCUGGCGUCGUCCGACGGAGGGUUAUCAUCCGAUAGAGCUAUGAAUGGUCGACGACUCGCCUCGCCGAUGGUCGACCCCGUGUCGGCGCGGCCGACGACCCAUCGGCGCAAGCACAAGCCGCCUGUCAAUGUGGCCGAGAUCCGCCGCAAAGCGGCUCUCUACAACGUCGGGUCGGCGGCGCAGUGCCCCAAAACAGCGACGCGCCGCCGCCGCCAGUCGUCACAGGCACCCCCGCCGAGUCCGCAACCCAUCGGGGGACGACCCUUGAUGUCGGCGGUGGGUGUUGUGCACGACCUCUAUUCCACCGUGCCAUCGCCGCGCAAGUUGAUGAACAACAACCACAAGCAUGGCGCCGACGAUGGUACUCGAGCGAUGCACCCUGCUGGGUGGCGCCUCGGCCACAACAACUCGGCGUCAUCUUUCAAGCUUGCGGGUGCUGGCACGGAUGGGCUCCUGGCACCGAGCGAUGGCGCCCGCCAAGUGCUCGCGGUGCAUGGCCUCACGGACGAGUUCAAGUCGCUGCUCCUGGCGUAUCCGCCGCCCAAGGCGAUGGAGGUGGCUGCCGAGCUCGCCGAUCCCAGAGAGUGGACGAAGCGCAUCGAAGGCCGCCCGAACGUCGGCCAUCACAACACCGACCUCCCCCGGGCGUGGCUUGAGGAGCCGCAUGAAGAGGGCGCGGAGAAGAAGCCAUCGUGGGUCCCGCCCGCGUCGCCGCCCAAGACCCAUCUCUUUCAGGACGAUCUGGUGUCCAACCAAGGGCCAAGGCUGGAGCCGUCGCUGCCCAUCAAUGCGAUUCCGCUUCGACAGCCGGAAGCGUUCGCGGGUGUGCAGCCAUAUACGCUGCCGGUGCAGACGACCCAGAGUUUUCUGCAGCACGCCCAAGACGCAGAGCGCGUCUACCUGAACCUGGAAGCCGCGCAGAACGCACACAAGAACCCGGGCCAGAUGUACACUUUGCCCAUUGCAAAACCGGGCCGGGCGUGCCGCCUCGGGCUCGAGACGCUGCACUCGAACGUCUCGUCGACGCUGGAGAAGCGAAAGCACCGACCAAAGUCGGCGCUCCACGCGGUGCAAAAGACAUCGCCCAUGGUGACGGUCGCCGGCGCCAAAAUCCGACCCAAAACCGCGCGGCUCUCGUUUCUGCGGUCGGCGACUGUCUACUGCAUGGACACGGCCGAGCGCAACACGGUCGAAGAAUACUCGGAGAAGCUGCAACUCGAACGGGAGAAGCGGCGCAGCGUCGUGGGCCUCAAGAACGCGGCCCUUGGACGAAACAAGACGAUCGUGCACCGCUCGAUCGAAUUCAUCUUCAACUGCUUGCGCAACCAGGCGUAUGCCAACGUGCCGGGGCACCUCCGGCAACUCUACGAGACGCUCGACCUUGACGACUAUAUGAAGCUCGUGCAGUCGGCGGCGACGGACCAUCGCGGCCGCCGCACGCUGCUGCAAUCGCACAAAUCGUCGUACGAUGCGGGCUUUGACGCGGAGACGCUGCCACUCCUGUGGCUGGACCGCAAGCAAUUUACGAUCGCGCUCCAGCAGCUCAAGUUUUCGACCGCCGACAUCAACCUCAUCUUUAGCGCGUUCGACUUUGACCUGGAACACAAAGUCGAGGUCGGCGAGGAAAUCAUGCCCCACUUGCUCCUCGGCGGCGACAAGUCGCGUCUCCGAGACUCCUUUUAG